AACUAAAUUACGAAACUCCAAGUUCUGUGAAUAGUAACAGAGUGCGUCAUGGCUUGAGAAAACAAUCAUUUCUGCAUACUAUAUUUCUUUACAUGGUAGUAGUAUUUUCCAAAUUAAUUUAUAUUUUCAUACAAAACGAUGAGUGCAAAGAGCCCAUUUCUUGCCGAAAAAGAAGCAGGUGCAGAUUGUCAGACUCAUCGAAUAUCCUAUGAUAAGUGGUGGCAAAAAUUCUGCCUACGAUGUCACCAAGAACACCAAACGGCAUCAUGGGAACCUGCAUGGUGGAGAAGGGUCUUUCCGUUCCCCAUUUUCUCCACUUAUAGGCAAAGUACACAGCAGCUUUUAAUUAUUAUGUUCUUUCUUUUGUCAUGGGGAAUAUUAUACGCAGAAAUAGGGCAACCGGUAAGUUUAAAUGGAGAAAUUCUCAGCAUGACACUGCUAGUCGUCGCGGCGUACUUAAUCGGGUGGUUGUGGCUGAAAAUUACCACAUUGCCGGCACUUAUAGGAAUGUUGCUGACGGGGAUCAUUUUUCAAAAUGCCGGGCUUGUACAUAUGACCGAUAAUUAUAGAAAACUUAACCAGGAUUUGCGGAAAGUCGCUCUGGUUAUCAUACUAACGCGAGCUGGGCUCGGUUUGGAUGCCAAAGUCCUUCGGAAGCAUUACGCAGCUGUUCUUCAACUUGGCCUUUUACCUUGGCUAGUCGAGUGCUUAUGUAUCGCCAUUACUACACACUACCUUCUAGCAUUACCGUGGAUUUGGGGUUUCCUUCUUGGCUCUAUGAUAGCUUCAGUGUCUCCAGCCGUGGUAGUUCCAUGCCUGUUCCGAUUAAAGGAUGAAGGAUACGGAGUCGCUAAGGGUAUACCGACUUUGCUGCUUGCGGCUGCUGCUAUUGACGACUCGGUCAGCGUAGCUGUUUUCUCCAUUAUACUUAAUGCAAUGUUUUCAACGGGCUCUGUUACUUGGAACAUCAUAAAGGGCCCGUUAUCCAUUGUUUCUGGCGUAUUGCUCGGGUCUUUGUGGGGUGCCAUGACUUCCGUUAUCCCGGAAAAAGGAGACGCUUACGUGGUUCCUUUAAGAUUUCUAGCCUUGUUUCUGGGCGGGCUGUUUUCGUUAUUUAUAUCAAGUCUUAUUGGAUGGAGCGGUUCAGGUCCAUUAGCAAUCGUCUCUUCUGGAUUUAUUGCAGCGUAUUUCUGGGAAAAGCAAGGUUGGCCAGUUAACAAGAACCCAGUAAGCAAUAUAUUUAGAAUUUUAUGGAUCUUCUUCGAGCCAAUACUCUUCGCAUUUACUGGAGCUCAAAUAACGAUAAGUGCCUUGGACCCACAAGUGGUAGCCAUGGGAGCAGUCUGCCUGAUAAUCUGUCUAGUCCUGCGAAUAAUCUCCACACUCCUAGUGAGCUUCGGCUGUGGGCUAAACAUAAAGGAGAAACUAUUCAUUGGUUUAGCAUGGAUGGCAAAGGCUACUGUACAGGCAGCACUUGGACCUGCAGCAUUAGACCUAAUAAAUAGUGGAAAUAGUUCUGGCGAUCCUCAGGAGUUGAUCUUUGCUAAGGCACUUUUGACAGUCAGCGUCCUUAGCGUCGUCAUUUCAGCUCCUAUGGGAGCCAUUUUCAUUGCCCUGGCCGGGCCUAGGUUAUUGACCAAAGACGAAACCACAAAAUCAUCAGAUGAAGAAAACGUCCGUGAUACUGAGUUAUCAUCAAUACAUUUGUGAUGUUAUUGUUUUUGUAGGUAUACCUCUCAAAACUUCAAAUCAUAAUUACUUAAUUCAAGUGCAACAUACCUACCUACUUAAAAGGACUAGAUGGUGCUGAAAGAUCCGUAUUAGGUUAAGAAUUGGUAUUCAAAAUUAUUUUUCAGUACAGAUGGUGUUUUUUUCACGCACUAGUGCGAGAAGUGGUUCAUUAUGCGGGCAAUGAGGACUUUUGUUCAAGUACCCUUUUAUUACUUAUAAUUUACUACCUGCACUCAUAAUCAUAAUUCAUAACAAUGUUUUAAGUUAUUAAUGUUUUAUCUCGUAAAGUGAAUUGUAAAAUUCUUAAUGAGAUUAAAUGAUCUUAAACCUUAAACCUUAUUAUAUGCCAGGUCGA